AGAUCCUGAAGGCACUAACUAAGGUAUUUCCAGGCAACCAAGGAUCUUACCUCUCACACUGAGAAAAACCAUAACUUCAGAGACAUUUCCUGGUGCCAAAUUCAAGUCCUUUCAGAGAACCCUGUACUAAUUAUUUUCCAGUACCACUCUCCAUGGAAUCAAAAGAGUUGCAAACACGGCCUUUGUAGAUGCAGGGAAACCCACAUUCUUUUCAGGGCUGGUGUUAACCCAUGAGAAGCAACCAUUCCCUCGACGACUUCUCCUUUAUGGUUCCUACCCAGGAGCAUGGCCAACUCUCCCACGGAAUCCAUAAUGGCUCACACAAAUAGAUUUCUUUCCAUUCCUCCUUGGAGGGCUCUCCACAUUUAUCUGCUCAAGACGUAGCAGCUCCAGAACCAUGGUCAGUAAGGACACCGGCAAAUGCAUACUCACAACGUCGGAGAGUGAAGUGGAAUCCGCCGCCUGUCUGGCCCUGGAGAUGAAAUACGCCCUGGACCCCAACCGGCAGAUUAAAAAACGGAACAAAGCCCUGCAGGUGCGGUUUAAGGAUAUCUGCGAGGCGCAGAAUGAGCAGAGGGACACGCAGCUGUCCUCGGGCCAGCUGGGGGAGAAGCGGGAGGCCAAGCCCGUGUCCUGCAGAGCCGCCUACCGCAAAUACAUGACAGUGCCCGCACGCAGGUCCAUCCCCAACGUCACCAAGAGCACAGGCGUGCAGACCUCGCCCGACCUUAAGAAGUGUUACCAGACGUUCCCUCUGGACCGCAAAAAGGGGAACCUCAAAAGCUUCCCAGCUGCAGAUUCCUUUAAAAGCCAAAACAAUGGGUUUGUAACGGAUGCUAAAGAGAAGAACGAGGCUGGACCCAUGGAGGCGGCCCGGCCGUGUGGCGCAGGGCGGGUGUACAAGACCACAGCCUUGGUUUUCCAUUCGAAUGAACACAUGAACGCAGCAGACCAGCCUUUGGGGGUCAACUGCGCAGAACCCUGUAAAAGCCCGGAGCUGCUCAGCUAUGGAGAGGCUGCGCUCCAAAACUCCGCUCGGCCCCCCUCCGAAGAGCCCGAUUACCAGCUGCUCGGGAGGGCCAAGCAGGACCGGGACAGGCCAAACUCCGAGGAGCCCGCUCCAUCUGCCCUCGGGAGGGUGUUUAAAACAGAGGUUGCCACCGUUUACGCACCUGCCCUCAGUGCCAGGGCCCCCGAGCCUGGUUUGUCAAACUCUGCGGCCGCCAGCCAGUGGUCACUCUGCCCAGCAGACGAGGAGCGGAGGAGAGCCACACAUCUCAACGGGCUCCAGGCGCCCUCGGAAACUGCCCUGGCCUGCUCACCCCCGAUGCAGUGCCUGUCCCCUGAAUGUAGUGAGCAGCCCUCGCAGACUCACACCCCGCCGGGGCUGGGGAACCAGCCUAGUCCCACAGCGGUUGCUGCAGGUGAAGAAUGCCAACAAAUCGUGCCUCAUACAGAAGUGGUCGACCUCAAAGCACAACUUCAGAUGAUGGAGAACUUGAUCAGUUCAAGCCAAGAAACCAUCAAAGUGCUCUUGGGGGUCAUUCAGGAGUUGGAAAAAGGAGAGGCCCAUCGGGAAGGGCUUUCAUAUCGGACGGGGCAAGACACAGCUAAUUGUGACACAUGCAGGAACAGUGCAUGUAUUAUCUAUAGUGUGGAGCUGGAUUUUAAGCAGCAAGAAGACAAACUCCAGCCAGUUCUGAGAAAACUCCACCCUAUUGAGGAAACUCAGGUCAUACCUUCGCCUUACUCUCAGGAGACUUACUCCUCAACUCCCAAGCAAAAAUCCAAAACUGAAUCUAAAAAGCACGGAAGAUGGAAACUCUGGUUCCUUUAACACUCACGGUGUCCGGAGUCUCGAGGCCGUCUUUAGAACCCACUGGAGUUUAAGUCAACACUUUUCCAAAAUGAAUAGGAUCGAGGGAACUGUGGUGCCCAUUCAGGCACCUCCCACUUCUCGCCCUGCGUACCAAAAAGGCCUUUGUACCAACAGAUAAUUAACAGAAUCAAGGUAUUCCGUGUCACUCCUUGCCAGCUGUUCUUUGCAGUUCACUGAUGUGGGAUGUGAAAUCUGAAAUGAAACUUACAUAGUCCAAGAUGAUAAGUAAAAAUUUUCCCCCCACCCCCGAUCUGCAAGUAAUACAUUAUCAACCUGCAAGAUGGCAGGCUGUCACCCUGUACACAGCUAUAACUCAUAAUUAUUUUCAAGCCUUGAUUUUCUUUUUAAUAAUGAGAAGAAAAAGCAAGCCUUAUGUUUGCGAAGGACUUCAUUUUUAUGUUUCAUUUUGCAAAUAAGCAGGGGGCGAGUGCAAUUUUCAGCACAUCAAAUUCCGGAGAAAGCACAAUUUUUUCAAGUGGUCGGAGACCAUGAAUAAUCUCUAAAAUGUGACUAUAUGUAUAUUUGCCUUCAUGUGCUAUAGCGCUAAGCCAAGUGACCACAUCUCAGUGUCACAUUGACACCUCAAAGUUAGCAUCCUCUUCAUCUCCAGACUUACGACAUGUUUACUGCUCAUUUUCCAAAUGGCCAGCAGCCAGGAGUCCCCCCAAAGUCAGGAUAUGCCUUUAAUCGCUACAAGUAGACAGGGUCAGAGCUACCAGACACAAAGCUUUCUUAGAUCUCAUUUUUAAUCUUUUGGUACCCAAAGGCCAACUGAUACAUUCUGGCAAGAAUCUGAGAACACACAUAGAGAUACACGAUGGAUAAUCCAACCACCAAUGAAUCACAGGCAUUCUGUGCCAUGGCAGACAGUGUUUUUGUGGAUCAAUCCUCUGAGAAACUGUUAGCCAUGGUAAGUGCAGCCAGACAUGAUAUACAAUUCGUUAUGCUUUGUAUUAACGGUGGAAGACCUGACCAUCUCAAAGAGAAAUAGCGUGUUUAGUUUAGCUGCUACCAAGGGACAACGUCGCCUACAUUUAACCUAUUAGUAAGUUGUACUAAACAACAUACUUAGGGGAAAGCUGUGAAUCAAAUGUUUUUAGAUAUUUUUUAAAUCAACAGUAACACUUAGAGUUCUCUCUUGAUUACACAUUGCAAUGUAAAUCUUAGUUCCUUUAUUUUUUCACUCAUUUCUUUGCACCUUGCAAGUAUCUUUUUAUAGAAAUCAAAUCCCCUAGUCUAUUAAUGCCUUUGUCUAUCAAUUUUUUUGAUUUUCACAAUAGGAAGUAGGGAUCUUACUUUGCCUUUUUUUGGUACAACUUAAAUUUUGAAUAGUUUGUGAGCAUACAGGAAAACCUAGUCUUGAAGUUUCAGUCCAGCAGUUUCACAUCUAGCAGAGUGCUGACAUGCACACCUCAUUGAUUAGAUGCCAAACACACAGUGGCUGACCUUGGUAAAAGGAUCGCACCUGCUUUUAUCAGAUUGGAGCUACUUCUUGCCAUGUAUUUUCCUCCUGACUCAAUAGCAAAUCUGUUUUAGUUCUAAGUGUUUUGAUUCUACAAGGACCUAGUGAUCAGUAAUCAGAUCGGACCUUGAAAAAAAAUGAAGAGUAUAUCGUGUAAACAUUCUUUGGGGGCCACUCAAACAAUACCGCAGUUGUAUGCUUUAAUUUAAAACACACAUGUGCACACACACAUCUUUUGCGGAAACACUAUAUGAGGUUCGAAUCCCUGAAUAUCAGUAAAAGGAAAUGAGAAAUAUUUUUGUGCAAGAACAAUGAGGAAGUUGAUCCUAUAACAUGAAGGAAGUGUAAUUGUUUCAUGUAAACAUUUAAAAAUGGGUUUCAUGUUUUUUAUACUGUUUUUAACUAAAGUUAUAAAAAUGUUUCCAACAAGUUCUCUGUCCUUAUGUUUUAAGAAUCCCAGCUAUCUCAGUAAAUUGAAAUAAGGGUAUUAGCAUUUUUCUAAUCAGUAAUACAAAUCUGUCUAAACAAGAGGACAUCCUAGUACACAAAAUAAUGUCACUGUUUCACACCAGUCUAGACCAAAAAGAAAAAAAAAAAUUAAAAUGUUCAGAGUCAAAAAGGAACUUCUGAAGAUAAACUAAUUCCUCCCUAAAAAUUAAAGUAUGUUUAAAACGGAAAAAACUAUUGUCAAAAUCAUUUCCUAGUUUAAUUGCAACUCGUCACUAACAGAUGGUGAUUCUUCUCUUGGAAAGAUUCAAGUAAAAACUCUGAUACAAAAGCAAGGUAAAACGCACAGGGUUCCCUUAUGUAGAUGUACACAUGGCAUUGCAUAUAGAGAUUAAAUUAUUAUACUUGUCAUUAAGUUCUUUAUUAAUUUUUAAAUAAAAAAAUCAAAGAUG